AUGGAGAUCUGGGCGGUUGCCAAUGUGUACACUGCUGCUGCUCCGAGUGUCAGUACCUCCCAGCUGCCGUCAGAAACAGUAGCUGAGCUUCCUCGAAUAUGCACGUGGGCCACCGAGGGCGAUGCGUCCACCACGACGGUAGCACAGACAACCGCACUACCAAACACCCUGGUACCAAGUCAUCGGUUCUGGAAUGCUAGUUUCGACUACGAAUCAUCGAACGCUAGUAUAAUUACCAGUCUUACGACAACGACAUCUGGCGGCAACGUUGAACCGUCUUGGACAUACCACAAACCAACACUGCACACCACCGCGACUAUCCCCGUCAGCGCAACCGCUGCGCAUGGCGCUAGCUGUAGUCGCUUUGCAAUCUUUGUUGCUUUCUUCCUGAGCGUCUCGCUUUGGGACCGUCUUCGUUAG